CCCUCAGCCCGGGCGGGUCGACGCAAACUUGAGUGGUUCGGCCGGGAGUGGGCCGCGUGCUUGGGGAGAGCACUGUGGACUGGAGAGUGGCGCACAGCAUGGCGGAAAAUCGAGAGCCCCGCGGGGCCGUCGAGGCUGAGCUGGACCCGGUGGAGUAUACCCUUCGGAAGCGGCUCCCCCACCGCCUGCCCCGGAGACCCAAUGACAUUUACGUCAACAUGAAGACUGACUUUAAAGCCCAGCUGGCCCGCUGCCAAAAGCUUCUGGACGGAGGGGCUCGGGGUCAGAACUCAUGCAGUGAAAUCUACAUUCAUGGCUUGGGCCUGGCCAUCAACCGUGCCAUCAACAUUGCUCUACAGCUACAGGCAGGCAGCUUCGGGUCCUUGCAGGUGGCUGCCAAUACCUCCACCGUGGAGCUCGUCGAUGAGCUGGAACCAGAGACUGAUACCCGAGAGCCGCUGACCCGCAUCCGCAACAACUCGGCCAUCCACAUCCGUGUUUUCAGGGUUACACCCAAGUAAUCCAAAUGAGGACAGCGUUGCCCACCUACCCCCAGGUAGCUAGGUUCAGAUGUGGCUCUCCUUGUACUGAAUGUGGCCAUGGACCUCCUACCAGAGCCACGUAAGAGAAAUCCUGUUUCCCUUACAGCCCAGAGGACUCUGAACUGAGGGAAAGAGUAUUGUCUCUUGUUGGGCCCAAGCCG